AUGUCUGGGUAUCAGAUUGCAGACGAUGAAGAGAGCGAUUACGUCAGAGAAGGGCAAUUUUCUGAGAGCAGCUUGAAGGACAAGCUGCUCGAAACGUUUCGCUCCGGCAUGGGUAGCCAUCCAAAGAUCGUUUGCCUGACCAUCUUUAUCCUCCUAGUACUGAUAAUCCACUGGUUUCUCGCGAUCCUGCCGUCUCUCAUCUUCUGGUUGAUCCUCUUGUCUGGAGGCUUGCUAGCCCUGAAGUACUCCGCCAACUAUCUGCCUGACGUGAUUCGCGAGAGAAUUCCCUGGAUCGCCAACGACGCAACCUAG